CUGCAUGUCGCAGUCGUCGCAGUCGUCCGUGGGUAUCUCUGCAGCAGAAUGUCAACUAAGACUUCAAGUGUCUUGCCAGAAGGAUUUUCAGGUGGACCUUUAGGAUUGGGAGAACCGGAUGACCGGCGUCUUCGGAAUGUGGAGAAAGAGAUCCUUAUACCACAGAGAAUGCGUGACAGAGCGAGAGAUGAGAAAUGCACGCAACUGGUGGAAAAAUUCGGAGUCUGCUGCAAAAAGCAGGGACUUUUACUGCCAUUUCUCUGCCAAAAAGAGAACAAAGCCCUGAAGGCAUGUCUUGUGGAGUGGUACAACAAGCCAGAGUUCCGCAAAGAGUGUACAGAGCAGUAUUUGGCAGAGAGAUCCCACUUCAGAGAGACCGGAGUUUGGAAAAAACAGAGGAAAAAAGAAAGUGCUACUUACGUUCGCUGAAAUAACUGUUUGUAUUGUAGGUAAGAAUAAACAUGCAUCUAUGUGAAGACAUA